UUUAGGUUAUGUCCAAUUGUUUGGAAAACAUGAAUUUUAACAUAAAAAUUCAGCGAUUAUGCCUAAAAUGCCACCACAUGACCAAGCUGCGCUUCAGCACAGCCAAAUUACCGAAACACGAUUUGGCUAAAAUAAGAAACAUUGGAAUAAGCGCUCAUAUUGAUGCAGGAAAAACGACAACCACGGAAAGGAUGCUCUAUUACUCAGGGCUUAUAGACCAUAUGGGUGAAGUGCACCACGGGAACACUGUUACAGAUUUUAUGGACCAAGAAAGGGAACGAGGGAUAACAAUAACUUCUGCGGCAGUAUCUUUCUUUUGGAAGAAUCACCAGUUUAAUUUAAUAGACACGCCAGGUCAUAUAGAUUUUACCAUGGAAGUUGAACAAACUUUAAAUGUGCUAGAUGGAGUUGUGGUUAUUCUUGAUGGAUCUGCAGGUGUAGAAGCUCAAACCCUAACAGUCUGGAGACAAGCAGAUAGAUAUAAUAUUCCUAGGAUAGUUUAUGUCAAUAAAAUGGAUAGAACUGACUCAAAUAUUCAUAUGUGCUGUGAAUCUAUAGAGAAAAAGUUGGAUGUUUCAUCUAUUUUGUUACAGUUGCCUGUGGUUGAGAAUAAUAGGUUAGUUGGUAUAAUAGAUGUUUUAUCCCAAGAACUAAUUAGUUAUGGAUCUACCACAAAUAAAAACAUCUCUAGAACACAAUUAUCAAAGAAGGAGCAUCCAGAACUGUUUGAUAAGGCACAAAAAGCCCGAAUAAAGGUUAUAGAGCAACUUAGUGAUUUUGAUGAUGAACUCGCUAAUAAAGUAAUAUCAUUAGAAUCAUUUGACAGCAUUUCUACCAUAGAAGUUGUUAAGGCCCUACGGAAUGUUACACAGGAAAGGCGUGCCGUUCCGGUACUAUUAGGAAGUUCCUACAAAAACCUCGGAGUUCAAACGCUGAUGGACUCCAUAAUACUCUACCUACCAUCCCCGGAGUCCACCACGAAAGUCUUUUCGCAUUUCGAGGACCAUUUCUGUGGUCGAGCCUUCAAAGUGAAACAUGACAAACAAAGAGGUCCCUUGGUAUUCGUCCGCAUGUACAACGGACUAAUAAAAAAAGGACAAAAAGUCCAUAGCGUUCAACGGGGCGAAUCCGAACAAGUCAGCAGGUUAUACGUAGCUUACGCGGACGACUAUCGCGAGGUCGACCAGGUGGAAAAUGGCAAUAUCGCUGUACUCGGUGGACUUAAGAAAACUAUAUGCGGUGACCUCUUGACAACUUCCCAGUCAGCAUAUGAAAAAGCCAAAAAAAACUUCUUGAAAAAAACAUCAUCUCAGGAUUCCUUAGAGCCUCAGUUUGGCAUUAGUGCUAGGGUACCUGAGCCGGUAUUCUUUUGUUCGAUCGAACCGCCCUCUAUGGCCACCCAGAACGCUUUGGAUCAAGCAUUGGCCGAACUACAGAGAGAAGAUCCGAGUCUCAGGGUUACUUAUAACAGUGAGACGGCGCAAACUGUUUUGGGCGGCAUGGGUGAGCUUCAUUUGGAAAUAAUACGGGAACGGAUCCUUAGGGAGUAUAAAAUCGAUGCUGAUCUGGGACCCUUGCAGAUCUCUUAUAGGGAGGAACCACUGGAACGAUUAACCGAAGAGCUGCGGACGGACGUUAAAAUUGGCAGCAUAAGAAAUUCGGUUUUUGUGAAGUUGUCUAUUAUACCAGAAGAGGGAGUCGGAGGUGUUAGUUUGAAAUUUGACAAGUCACCUGAGAGCGCUAGCAAUUUAUCGGGGUUGUCGCGUAGGAACUUGACGGCAAUAAAGCAAGGAAUUGCGGUUGGGUUAGGCCAAGGUCCAAAAAUUAGCUCACCGGUUAUUAACACCACCGUGAUGUUGCAUUGGUUUGAAGUCGGACGGGGAACAUCAGACACUAUUAUAGUGUCCACUGUGACUCAACUAAUACAAAAUCUUCUGAAAGAAUCAGGUACCUGUAUACUGGAACCGGUGAUGUUACUAGAAAUAGUCACUCCGCCCGAGCAUUUAUCAGCGGUAAUGUCAGAUUUGUCCAGAAGGAGAAGUGCGAUAAACAACGUGGACAUGCGCGGGAACUCGAAAGUCGUUUCGGCAACAACGCCUCUGUCAGAAUUGAUGGGAUAUUCGACAGAUUUACGAACGAUAACUUCCGGCACAGCGGUUUUUACUACCGAAUUCUUGCAGUACCAAAGGAUGUCACCCUCCGAUGAGGAAAAUGCGAUUAAAAGCGUGAGAGGAUUUUAGAUUUUAAGAGGGAUAGUGUGUGUGUAUAUAAAAUAUAUUUUCAUGUUGUUAUUAUUUUA